AUGACUAUGUUUAUUAAUCCAGGAUAUAUUUAAAAAAAUAAUGAUUCAAGAUAAUUAUUUUCACUUCUUACUUAAUAUGAACCUUGGGAAUUAUGUCCAGAUUGUUAGAUACAUAAACCUUUAAGAUCAAGACAUUGUGAAUUUUGUUCAAGAUGUGUUAUUGUUUAUGAUCAUCAUUGUCCUUGGUUAAAUAAUUGUGUAAAUAAUUAUAUUUUUAAUUAAGAUAGGAGCUAAAAAUUAUCCAUUUUUUAUUUGUUUUAUUUUAACCGUCUUUAUAAACUUAAUUCAUCUUAUUAUAUUGAAUUCUAUUUUUUUAAAGGAUGAUUAUAAUAAUUAUUUACCAAAUCAUCAUUAUCCAUGGUUUAAUUAUGUUAUUAAUAUAGAAGCAUUAAAUAUUUCAAAAAAAUGUGUUCAAUCAUCUAUUUUAAUAAUAUGUGUCCUGUUUUUAUUUCCUCUAUCAUAUUUAAUCUAUGUUUAGAUGGAUAAUUUAUUUAGAAAUAUUACUACUUUUGAAAAGUAUAGAUAAGAAGAAUAAACUAAUGUUUAAGGCUCAAAAGAUAAAAAGAGUUAAUAAACAAUAAAGUAUAUAUAAUUAUUUAGUUUUUAGUUCUACUUCUUCAAUUAAAUCCACUGCAUCACACAAAUUAUCAUGUUCAAAUUGCAUCGAAAUGUGUUGUAAUAAUUCCAAAAAUACUUCAUAUUAAUAAUGA